AUGCAAAGUUCCCAUUUCUUAAAGGCAAUUUUACUCCUUAAAGUCUCCUUUUGGCUGCAGACUCGCCCAAUCAAAGCAUUUGAAAACAAUGAAGAUUCUCCCAAUCGUAGUGUUAAAUCUCCUACGCAUGAAUUUGACUGGAAAAGCAUGAUUGAUUGGUCUUACUCCCCAGAACGUAAAACAGAAGAAAUCAUAUCUGGGCAUUCGAGUUUAGGCACUUCUUCGCCUGCUGGAGGGCGUUCUCCAAGAGUAAAUAUGCGCCUCAAAGAACAGGAGACGUUGUCUCUUCAUGAUGUGACCAAAGGCUCACAGCCUGUCCAGCCAGAAAAAGAAUCUAGAAGUCCUAUUACUGCAAUCAGCUCCAUCAAGAUGCAAUCGCCUGUCCAACGACCUAAAAGGAAGUAUAAAAAUCUCAAAGAACGUUACUCUGCAGAAAAAGUGAAACAGUUCAGUAGAAAUUAUUAUAUCAAUUAUCGUAAAGAUCCGGAGAGGGUGAAACGAGUGCAAGAGAACAAUCGAAAAAGAUACUAUAAAAGAAAAGCAGAAAAGGAAGAAAUGCUGACUACGUUGACAGAAGCAGAAAAGGAAGCAGAAGUCGCCAAACGAAACGAACAGUUAGCAAAGAGAAGAUUCAGAUACCGUUUGAAAAAAGACCCAAAUGCAGUCAAUGAACCAAGAAAGUAUAAACUUUCGGAAAAAGAACGCAGAUUGGCGAGAGAAAGAGGUGCUAAGCAUCGUCUUAAACGGAUGCUUGAAGCUCAAAAUGGCAAUUCUCAGAUUCAGUAA